CUAACUAUAAAACUCCAUGCUAUGAUUUUAAAAGCCUUUCAAAUGAGCACAGUUGUGCUGGUAACAUGGAAUAUUUCCAGAGUUGUUGUAUUUUUGCUCGCAGGUUCUUUUUUAUCUGAACAAAUGCUCGCAAGAAACCAAUCUGCAACUGAUUUCUCUG